AUGGGACCAAGUCUCAUCAGAAGGCUCGGGGCCUUAUCAUUAUUACUCAGCUCUGUCAUAGCUUCCCCGCUAUCUAAACCCGAGCAUUUGAAGUCUCGAGCAGGUACACUUGCUAUCACAGGUGUUCAGGAUGGAGGUUUACAGCCCCGUCUUGAGAUUCGAUCACUCGCCGCUGAUUCCACUCAAUGGAACUUGUUUUUGUUAGCCAUGAUAGCAUAUCAAGGUAGCGAUCAAAAUGAAUUGUCGUCUUUCUACCAAAUUGCAGGUAUUCACGGGUACCCCUUAAAGCCCUGGGACGGAGUCCAGGCUGUAGGAGCUGGAACCAGUGGGUAUUGUACUCAUGGAUCUAAUCUUUUUGGUCCUUGGCAUAGACCCUACCUUGCAUUACACGAGCAACAGGUACAUGCCUGGGGUGUCAAAAUUGCGCAACAAUUCAAGGGUAGUAACUCAGAAGCAUAUCAACAGGCAUCUUUGGCUCUCAGAAUGCCAUAUUGGGACUGGGCUGCCAAUCCUGCCAAUAAUGGGCCCAUCCUCCCCAAUGUCUUGAGCAACCCAACUGCUUUUGUUACUUAUCCCAAUGGUAGUACGGCAACAGUACCCAAUCCAUUGUACUCCUAUAGCUUUCAUCCCUUAAUACCAAGCGAUCUUCAAAAUUCUGCUCCAUUCAACAUAUGGAACAAUACACUUCGGUGGCCAACAUCAAACAAUGCCAAUGCCACAAGUCAAAACAACCUCGCGGAAGAGCAAUUCGAAGCCAACUUACCGAAUUUCAGAACACAAAUCAUGACUCUCUUUGCAAAUUGGCAAUUUAUCAAUGCUAAUAAUUCAUUGCAGCCAUAUAACCGAUUUAGCAACAAGGGAUCUGGUAGCUCUGGCCUCGGCAACGUUGAAUCGAUUCACGAUACUGUUCACACGUUGACCGGAGGCUUCAUCUACUAUGGUCACAUGUCCAUCGUUCCAGUCGCUGCAUUUGAUCCAAUAUUCUGGUUUCACCAUGCAAAUAUCGACAGAUUAAUCGCUCUUUGGCAAGCUGUAUAUCCCGAUACAUAUGUCGAACCAACACAACAGAGAGCAGGCACAUUCACCAUCCAAGCGGGUUCUACUCAAGAUCAAAACUCUCCUUUGACUCCAUUCCAUCGAGAUACGAGUGGCAACUUCUUCUCCUCCGCUGAUGUGCGCAACGUCGAAAGACUUGGCUAUUCCUACCCUGAGAUAAUCAAUCAUCCAGACAACACCACUCUCCAACAAAACAUUGCUGCAAUUUAUGCCAGUCCCCGACCAGCUUCAAGAAACGACAAGCAGCCACCACAACCUCACUUCCACGCGACUACCUAUGUCGGAGUAUUCCUCGGCAAGAGCUCUGCCAGACCUGAUGAGUGGGCGAAAGAUCCGGCAUACGUUGGCAUGCAUGCUACACUUGGUACACAGAGCAUGGCACCCAAUGAUGUUAUUGCUUCAAGCAAUGUGCAUCUCACCGACGCUCUUAUCAAGAAGCAUGAUGAAGGUGUACUACCAGAUCUUAAUGAAGAUACUAUCAUUAAUUAUUUGACUGCUAAUCUAGAGUGGAAGGCUCAAAAAGGCGGCACUGAGAUUGACAUUAGUACCCUGGCUGGUGCGGUGGUGACAACGGAGUCAAUCGAGGUUGCUGCCCCUGAUGCUUUGGGUACUUUUUCGAAUUAUAAGUGGGUAGGAGAUUUCAAGAUCUACCCGGGUGUGUUUGAUGCCCUUGGAAUUUAA